AUGAAUCAACAUAACACUACAUCACUUUCUGUAACAAACAAUAGUCAUGAAAUAAAUCGAAUUAAAGAUCAUCGAAUUAUCUCCGAAGCAUUUCUUCUUAAAGUAUCAGAAUGUAUUAAGAUUGCCAAUACUAUUCGUACUGAUUAUGGAAUAGAUAUUUUAGAAACCAAUGGUAGUUUUGAAAUAACAGAUAAAGUUAUUAAUCAUCUUGAUUCUUUGUUAUCGACAUAUUACCAAAAUGUUAAUCAAAAUAAUAAUAAUAAUAAUAAUAAUAUGGAUAGUACUCUAAAUUUAUCUGAACAAAACGAUGAAUUUCAAAAAUUGAAUUUAUUUUAUAACUAUUCUAGUUCCGUAACAUUAUUAAAUAAUGAUAAUCAAAUCAUAAAAACAGAACAAUUUGCGUCAGAUAUUCAUUGUAUACCAAUUAAAUUACCAGCAAUAAUUGAAAUGCAACUUAGAAAUAAUCAACUUCUCAGAAAUACUAUUCACAAUUAUAGACGUCAUGAACGAUAUUUAAAUUUAUCUAAGAAGAAAAAAAUAUCUGCAAUAAAAACGGCAGAUGAAGAAGAUAUUCUUAUGAUUGAAGCUAAACCAUUAUGUCUUAUAGAAUUAAAUGAUACAUUUGAUUCAUCAUCAAUUAUUCUUUCAAAAACUAAAGAAAGUCUUACAAAAUUAAUGAACCAAAUUCAUAAUCAAUAUAAAAAUAAAAGUCAUAAAAAAUCAAAUAACUUAAUUGCUAAUAUUGAACCUGCACUUAAAUUUAUAAUCAAUGAAGAAAUUACAUAUGAAUAUUUGCAAAAUGAAAUAAAAAUAAAUAAUCAACAAAAUCAAUCAAAACAAUUAAGAAAAAAAAAGAAAAACCAAAACCAAACAAUGCAAAUAUUACCAUAUGAAAAUACAUAUGGACAAUUCUAUUAUACUGAUCAAUUUAUACCAAUCGAACAGACAAUGAUUGAUAAAAUUGUUUAUGGUGUACAAGCUAUGGCAGCAGCAUUGACUAAUACAAAAGAUAUUGAAGAUGUAUUAAAUGGUAUUGUCAUGUUAGCUGAUCAAUCAACUUCUCCAUUUUCCGAUCAAACAGAUAAUAAAAUAGCCGAUGAAUUAAUGAGUACAAUACAAAAACGCUUUUUAACACAAAAACAAGGUUAUACAACCAAUCGUGAACGAGUACGUGUUCGUAUGGCAUUAAACUUAAUUUUAGCUGAUAAUCGAUUAAAUGGUAAAACAAUCAUGUCUCGAUCAGAAUCGAUUAUUUUAUCUCGUAUGAUUCGAAAAAUCUAUCUAUGUUCACAAGUACGAACUUUAUGUUCAUAUGGUGAUGUUAUUACGAUAAUUAAUGAUUCUGAUUAUCAUCAAAUACGUUUUCGUACAUAUAAACGAAUGUCUUUAUCAUCAGAUGAAUUUAUUGAAAUUCUUGGUGAAAUGUAUUCUACAUUUUAUGAUACAAUUGAAACCAUGAAAUAUUAUUUAGAUGCAGAUGAUAUUAUUGAUCUUGAUACAAAUCUUAUUCACUCAUCAAUAUUAACAUCAAAACAAAUAGAUGAUAUGAUUAAAUAUAUUGUACGUGAAGAUGCUAUUAGACAAUUGUUAAAAUUAAUAUUUGAUCGAACACGUAACAGUGAUAGUAAUAUCGAUGAUGAACAUCGACAAUUUAAAUUAAGUCUUCCAAUGAAAUUAAAUGAUUUGUACCAAACAAUUAAAAAAUUAAAUGCUUUUAUGUCGACUACUCAAGUAAUGGUAGCUCUUCGAAAACCGUACUUAUUACAACUUACGAAAAGAUCCAAAAUAAAACCAAUUACAGUAAAUGAUUUACGUGCUAUAAUGUCUCAAAUAUGGUUAUUGCCGGAAAAUUUUGAUGUACUAAUUUCUGAGAAUACAAUUACAUCGGAAAUAUUAGAUGACUUCUAUAUUGAUUUUCAUGCAAGAGAAGAUAUUGAUGAACGAUUAUAUAAAAUUUGUAAAAAAAUCCAAGAUCAUUUAAAUUUACAUAGUUGUAUAACACGUGUUGUACUUAAAAUGAUUGCUGAACAUUUCAAUGGUACAAAACUUACACCAUUUCUUAAUGAAUUUAAUAAAGUGCCACGUUUUAUAUCAAUUAUUGAUAUAUUUGACGAUUUAAUAACAUCAGGUCUUAUAUCAACAACGGAACUUCUUGUCUUUUCUAAACAAGAUAUUAUUAUUAAAAAAUCAUCUUUAUUAAAACAUUUUGAAUCUAUAUCGUUUUUUCAUAAACGUGAUGCUGAUUUACUUGCUGAAAUUACUUUAGUGAUGCGUGAAGAUGAUUUAAUUGAAUAUUUAACACAACGUGCUAUGACAAUCAAAGAAAUUUAUAUUAAUUCUAUACUGAAUAAUGAUCAACGUCGAAAUUUUAUUACAAAAAAUCUUAUUGAAUCUACAAAAAGAUUAUCAUCAUUAUCUAUUCAUGAAUUUAUUCGUCAUUUUAAUCUUGAUCCAAAUUGUGUUAAAAUAUUCUAUUGGAUGGGUUUAACAGAUGAAAAUAUCGUUAAAACUUUAAUUGAAAUAAAAACUUUUGUUAAUGAAUAUACACUUGAUGGAAUUUACAAUAAUUUUCUAACGAGACUUCAUGAUACAUUAGAAUCUGGUGUCUAUUAUAUAUCUACUGAAAAUUUAAUAAAUUAUGAUCAACAAAAAGAAUAUUUAACAAUUAAACAACGAAAUAAUCAUCAUAGUAUUCAUCAAAUGAUUAGUGAAAAUUUUUGUAAACUUGGUUGUUUUUUAACUUAUAAACAAGCUUAUAUUCUUGUUGAUUAUGCUGAUCCAGAAUAUGAACAUGAACUUUCGUCUUUAACUACAACACAUGAUAUUAUUUCACAAGAACGUUUAAAAAUUUUAUUGAAAUCUACAAAUAAUGAAAUUAAUUUUGAUGAACUUUCUAAAAUUAUUCUUCCAAAACAACAAGUAAUUGAAUGCAAAACUCUUCUUGAUUCAUUUCAUCAACGUAUUAAUUAUCGACAGAAUCGUUUUAAACGCGUUGAAAAUUUACAAAAACUUCUUCUUUCAUCAAUAUUAAUCGAAAAAUUUCUAGAAAUGAUUUCUGACUUAGGUGUUGAAUAUUUUACUCAUAUUGAACUUGAUUGUCUUGAAGAAAUAAAACUAAUUGAUAUUGGUGUACUUGCAGUUUUACUUACAUUACCAUCAUAUAAUCCAUUAAUUCAUCAACAUAAAUAUGAAUGGUUUCGUAAUAAAGAUAGUCUUAUUGAAAAUGAUGAACAAAUUUCUAACAUACCACCAAAUUAUUUACAUAUUCUUGAUCCAAUUAUUGAAAAAUAUUCUAUAUUUUUAACAACAAUUAUUAUACGAAUUAUUUCAAAUAAAGAACGUUUUGAGAAGGUCAAUGAAAUUUUAUUAUCGAAUUCGGAUUAUUAUUUAUCAACAGAAGAAGUUCUUAAAAUCUGUGCUUAUGAACAAAUAUUAACAUAUGAUAAUAUUCAAUAUAUUUGCCAAGAAAUAUUUCCUACUAAACAAAUCUCAGAUAUAAAUGAUCAAUCGCAUCAUUCACAAAAAUUAUCAAUUGAUAUGAGUGCAGAAAAUAUACAAGAGCAAUCUAACGAGAAGUCUUUAACUUUGAAUAUCAAUCAACAUGAUAAUGAUCGUAAAAGUGAAGGAAUAAAUAAUAGCAGCGUAACAAGAUUAGACUCACAUGAAACUAGUAUUACACUUCAAUCAAUAUUUGAUUGUUAUACUCGAAAUAUGUCUAUGUAUACUCAUGAUUCUGUUCUUCGACAUAAAAUGGAACAAACAGUCAUAAUAACUAUAUUUGAUUAUAUUCUUCAUUUUAAUCAUCGAACUAUGAUCAAUGAACAAUUAAGACAAUUAUUCAAUGGAUUUAAACCUUUGGCUUUUUAUAAAGCUCAAUUAUUAAUUGAAAAAGAAAUUAUAGUUAUUAAAUUAUUAUUAAACAUACGUAAACAACAAGCACCAUUAACAAUUCAUGAUCUGAAUAGAUAUCUUGAAUCAUAUCAAAUACCAUGUCGAUUAGAUAUAGUCAAUGAAUUAUGUCGUAUAAAAAUCAUUUCACAAUCGCUCGCUAAUGAUUACACAAUGAAUCAAUGUUAUGAAUUAAAAGUAACUACACCUGAAGGUCAAGCUAUUUUUCUUUUUUAUAUGAUGAUUAAAUUAAUUCAAAAAGAAGGUUAUAUUGAUGAAAUAAAUGUCAGAGAAAUACUUAAUCAAUAUCAAACAAAAAAUGAAAAUGAAAAAUUUAAUAUCAUUUAUAAAUAUAUUCUACGUAAUGGUUUUCUUACCAUUGAACAACUAAUUCAAUCAGCAAAAGAUUUUUUUCUACAAGAUUAUCUUAAUGAAGAUAUACUUAAAAAUCAAUCAAGUGAAUAUAAAACUGUUAUUCAAGAACAAUUCUUAACCAAUAUACUUCAUCGUAAACAAUUAACUAAUACACAAUUUGAAUUAGCACUUAGUCAAAAUAUGCGUCGACGUCAAGUUAUUCAAACAAAUAUAUUAAGUGAUCAAAUAAAAAAUACUAAAAUAGCAAAAGAAAAAGUUCAACGAAAAGUUGAUCAUGUUCUUUUAAAAAAGGAUGAUAAUACACAAUCAUAUUCUAAAUCAACACCAAUAUCAUCUCAUUUAACUUAUAAUAGUCUUGUUAAACAACAUAAAUCUAUUUUGGAAAAGGAUCAACAAUUAUUAACAAUAAAUACAAAUAUAAAUAAUGACUUAGCACCAAAUUUACGUUCAUUACGUCAUAAUUAUAUACAAGCUAAAAUACCUCGAAAUCAAUUACAUUUAUUAGUUGAACAAGGUGGUUGGAAUCAUGAUACAUAUCUUGAAUUUAAACGUGAACUUAAUAUUAUUGAUUCUGAUAAUUCAUUAGAUCUUAUACGACAUAUAACAUAUAAUAUAUCCUUAUUAAUUAAAGAAAAUGGUUCUGUUACUGAAAAACCAUUAAUGAAACAUUUUCAACAACAUUCAAUUUUAUUUCAUGCAGAUUUUCAAUUAUUACUUAUUCGUUAUGGUAUUGUAGCAUUAGAAGAUCUUAUAGAUUUAUUAAUUGUUAGCAAAUUAGCUAAAGUUGAUGAAAUUAAAUCUUAUGCUAAAACAAUAUUCUGUCUUAAUGUAAACAAAUUUAUGGAAAUUUCUAAAUCACAAGAAAACGCUUUAGUAAAAAAACAUCAUGUACAAAAUAAUUUAGAGAAAAAAAUAUGUAUAACAGCAACUGAUCUUUCUCAAUUACUUAAUCAUGUUCUUAAACUUGAUCGUCUCAAACGAAUCAUUGAUAUGAUGGCAACAAUUAAAAAUUAUAUACAUUUACAUCCAAUAAAUACAUUCAAUGCAUUGAAAGCAUUGAAACUUGAAUUCGAUUUUAAUAAUUAUGAUAUGAAAUUUUUGCGUGAUUUAAAACUUCUAAGCGAUACAUGGUAUAAAAGAUACUUAUUAUCACAAAAAAAUGAAACAGACUCAAGAGUUUCAGAAAUAAUUGAUGAAGAACAAGAACAAGAAGAUCAAAAUCAACAUAAAUUUCAUUCGUCAAUAGAUGAAGAUUUUGAUUUAGAUGCAUUUAAUGAAUUAUUUGAAACUAAAGAGUUACAAUUAGAUAUUAGUGAACAACAAAAACAAGCUUAUUUUGAAAAACUUAAAAAACAAAAAACUCAACUCGAUUCAUCAAAAUUGAAAAUAUCUACUGAUGAAGAUUCUCUUCAAUUAUCAAUUAAUCUAGAUGAUUUUCAUAAACAAGAAGAAAUGAAAAAAGAUCAAACACGUGUUAUUGAACAAUUCUUUCCAGAUGCUUCAAUACUUGGACCUCAACUUCUUCUACCUUAUAUCUCUGAUGAUCAAAAACGAUUAUUUAUUGAAUUAGAUUUUGCUGAAGAACAAAAUAUUGAAGAUUAUUACAAACAAAAUGAACGAGAAGAUGUUACACAACAAAUGAAUAAAUAUUCUGAUAUAACAGAAAAAGAAUCUACUAAAUCACAUAUUAAAAUUGAGGAAGAUCUAGAGAAAAUACCUAAAUCAAUAGAAGAACAACAACAAUCGAUAUUAAAAUUAUCUUCAGAUGAAAGAUUUUCAUCUAACGAAAUAGACAAACUUUCUAUCGAUAGUCAAUCAAUAAAAACUUUUGAACGAAAUGAAGAAAUACAGCAAACAGUUGAACAAUCAUCUAUUGAAAAACGUUUAUCACAAAUUAAAACAUCGGAUUUAAUACCAACAGAAGAAGAUAAAACAAAACUAAUAGGUGAUUGA